UAUUUCGGAAUACUUCAGAAUUUUGAGGCAAAUACGAAAUUUGGCUAAAUAGCAUAAUUAAAUAAAUGAAAUAGAUUUGCUUAAGGUUUUCGUAACCGAGUAUCUUAUCGCAGCAGAAAGGAAGACACCACCACAGCUGUCACUGUGUGUUUUGAAGUCUGGCAGCAUAAUUUUCCAGUGCUUUGACAGAAGUUGUUGAAAAUGGAAAUACCUAACCAAGUAGAAGGAAUGGCACAGCCUGAACUGGCAAAGUAUCGCACACCUCUUGUUUCAAGGUAUGCUAGUCCAGAAAUGGCUUUCAACUUCAGUGAUAUGAAAAAGUUCACAACAUGGAGGAAGUUAUGGACAUGGCUGGCUAAAGCUGAAAAGACCCUAGGCUUAAAUAUAACAGAUGAACAGAUAGGUGAAAUGGAGAAAAAUCUGAUGAAUAUAGACUUUGAGAGAGCAGCGGUAGAGGAGAAAAGACGUCGACAUGAUGUGAUGGCACAUGUACAUACAUUUGGUGCAUGUUGCCCUAAUGCUGCCCCUAUUAUACAUCUUGGAGCUACGUCAGCCUUUGUUGGGGAUAAUACUGAUCUGAUUGUGAUGAGAGAUGCGUUUGAUAUAAUUCUACCAAAGGUAGCAAGAUGUGUCCAAAGAUUAUCAGUAUUUGCAGAGGAACACAAAGCUUUGCCAUGUUUAGCCUAUACACAUCUACAACCAGCCCAGUUGACAACAGUUGGAAAGAGAGCAUGUAUAUGGAUCCAAGAUCUGCUCAUGGACAUACGUAAUAUUGAGAGAGCACGCAGUGACCUUAAAUUCAGAGGUGCGAAGGGAACCACAGGAACGCAGGCUAGCUUUUUGGCCCUAUUUGAAGGAGAGGAGGAAAAGGUUGAAAUACUUGACAAGCUUGUAACAGAUAUGGCAGGAUUUAAGCAGCAUUUUUUGAUAUGUGGGCAGACAUAUUCAAGGAAGGUUGAUAUUGACAGUUUAAGUACUUUGGCAAGUCUAGGAGCUUCAGUUCACAAGAUUUGUACAGAUGUACGUCUUCUUGCCAGUUUUAAAGAAAUUGAAGAACCUUUUGAAAAGGAGCAGAUUGGUUCUAGUGCCAUGCCAUACAAGAGAAAUCCAAUGAGAAGUGAGCGUUGUUGUGCUUUGGCUCGACAUCUUAUGUGUUUGGUACAGGACCCUCUAAUGACAGCAUCUACACAGUGGAUGGAGAGAACGCUAGAUGAUAGUGCCAACAGGAGAAUAAGUCUUGCAGAAGCUUUUCUAACAGCUGAUAUAAUACUGAGCACAUUACAGAACAUAUCUGAGGGACUUGUUGUCUAUCCAAAGGUGAUUGAGAGAAGGUUGAAGUUAGAGCUGCCCUUCAUGGCAUCAGAGAAUAUCAUCAUGGCUAUGGUUAAAGCUGGUGCUGACCGACAGGAAUGUCAUGAACAGAUUCGUGUGUUAUCACAGGAGGCAGGAAAUGUUGUAAAACAAGAGGGUGGAGACAAUGACCUUGUAGAGAGGAUCAAACGUUCAGCAUACUUCACACCAAUACAUAGUCAGCUCAGUAAAAUACUGGAUCCCUCGACAUUCAUUGGCCGGGCACCAGAACAGGUGAAGAGAUUUUUAGAAGUUGAAGUGAAACCAGCUAUCAAACCAUACUCUAAUAAGCUGGAUGAAAUAUCAGAACUAAACUUAUAGAAGUUAUCAGACAAGACAGAAGUAGUUUACAAAGGGAAAAGGACAAGUUAGUUUAUGAAGGGAAAUGGAGAAGUAAUCUUGUAUCAUUUAUGUUCAGGAAUUCCAGAUCUAGUCUUGUGAUAUAAACUGUUAACUAGUAGAUGAAUUUAAUAGAGGUGCUAGCAUUAGCUGUGUAGAUGCAAGACAUCUGCAUGUGUAUUGUGUUCCAUACUUAUUAUCAGUUCAUAUAAGGUUUUAUGUCUGAAGUAUAUACUGACUAGUAAAGACAUUGAAAUGUU